GACAAUUGAUAUUAGAGCAAGAGCUCCAAUUUGAAGGUUUAACCACUAAGGAGUUGAUCAAGAAUGGCUCAAUUUCAAGCUUCUCAACCACUUGAAGGUUUAUCUACCAUUAAGCCUCCUUUCUUUGAUGGUCCAUAUGUGCCUAUGAAAGUUGUUGGAGAAAAUGAGGUACCAAAGGAAGAAGCUGAAUGGAAUGAUGAAGACUUGGAGGUGAUCAAGAUCAACCACAAAGUGAUCAACAUGCUUCAAUUUGAUGGUGGAGUUGAAGUAGUUGAGGAGAAGAUGAAUAUCGCAUUCAAGGCUAGCAAACAAAAAGAAGAGAGUCAAGAUGAUGCUAGUGAUGAUGAGUCUAGCCAUGAGGAAGACAUCACCAAAUUGGUUUUAAAGGAAGUGAAGAAAUAUAUGAAGAGCAGUCUCAAAGGGAAAUCCUCUAGAAGAAACAAAGAAAUUCACUACUCUAGAGGAAAAAUAUAUAGUGAUGAUGAGGAUAGAGGAAAGCUAAGCGAGAAGCAUAUUAAAUGCUAUAAAUGCAAUGAGAUAGGACAAUAUAGAAAUCAAUGUCCUCAAUUGAAGAAGGGUGAAAGGAAAGACAAGAAGAGCAUGAAGAAGAAAGCAUUUGUUGCCACUUGGAGUGAUGAUGAGACUAGCUCAAUGGAAAGUGAAAGCUCCUUGGAGAAUGGUGUUACAAAUCUUUGCUUCAUGGCUUAAGAGGAUAGCUACAAUGAUGAGGAGGUAAACUCUAACUUCUCUAGUUCAAUUAAUGAAAGUUCCUUUGAGUAUUCUUAUGAUGAUUUAUGCAAAGUUCUUGAUUACUCUAUGAAUGAUAUCAAUAAACUACGAAAUGAGAA